AUGGGUCUUGUUUAUUUCAUAACUGGCGCUAAUCGUGGGAUCGGUCUAGAGUUUGUCAGACAAUUAGCUUCAGCUGAUAGUUCAAACAAAGUGAUAGCCACAGUUCGUGAACCAUCUAAAGCUAAAGAUCUUGAAGAAUUGAAACAUAAAAAUCCAAAUAUACACAUCAUAAAAUUGGAUGUCAGCACACAAGAAUCAAUUGAUUCAAUUGAAGAUCAAAUCAAAGAUAUUGCACAAGAAGGAAUUGACAUUUUCAUAUCAAAUGCUGGUUAUGCAAAUGUUACAACAACUUUAUUAGAUACGGAUAGAGAAUCAUGGUUUGAUCAUUUCAAUAUUAAUACCGUUGCACCAAUACAAAUAACCAAAGUGCUAUAUAAAUACUUACGAAAAAGAUCUACAAAGAAAAUUGUAUUCUUAUCAAGUAUUGCAGCUUCAUUAACUGACCCACCAAUCAUUCCAACAGGUGCAUAUGGAUUAUCUAAAGCUGGUUUGAAUCAUUAUAAUAGAUCUCUAAGUGUUGAACUAAAAGACGAAGGAUUCAUCAUUGUUUCCAUACAUCCUGGUUCCGUAAAUACAGACAUGUCAAAUGGAAGAUUAGAUACAAUUCAAGGAAUUCCUAAAGAACGUAUUGAACAGAUUAGAUCUGGUUUGAUUUCAACUGAAGAAUGUGUUUCUGGAAUAUUGGGAAAAGUUGUUGAUAAAAUUACAAUUGAAGAUACAGGGAAAUUUUACAAUCAUGAUGGUUCACAAAGAAACUUUUAA